AUGCUCUGGCUGUUGUCAUCUCAUACCUUUUUAAUCCUUUUGGCUUCACUCCCUCAUAAACCAGCUUCAUAUGUAUAGUAUUUAGAAUGUAACAGCUCAGAAAGUUCUCCCAUUGUUUGUGGAUUCGUCAGUUCUGUUAUGUAUUCGAUCUUAAUCAGAAAAUAUCACUUGAAUCAUAAGAAAAUAGUGUUGUUCAAUUUGAUCCCAGUUUUAGCUAGUUUGGGUUUGAGCUACUUUGCACUAAUGACUGAAAGCUUGCCUCUAGUCCUAUUAUGCUAUUCAGUUCUUGGCUUUUUCGUGAUCCCUUGCAUACCUUUGCAACUUGAAUUAGCAUGCAAGGUCUUACACCCCAUUAAUCAAACUAUAGCAGUUGGAUUUUUGUUAGCUGGUGUUCACAUUUGGAGUUUCGUUUUUGGCGAGAUUCUAUCAGUAAUAACCCAUGAUUAAAAUAAGUAAGGAACCAAUAUUAUAAUUAGAACCUAAGCCUUUUAUGGCUGUCUAUUGCUAUUCUUAUCCUUUUUAGCAGCUGCCAUUUGUUUUUCACGAGUUAAACUACCUAAGGAAGAGGAGGAGGAAGAAAACACUUAGGUGAAUCAAUCGACUCAAGAAGGUAUAUGA